GCGUCUCUCUGGUCCUUCCUCGAGCAUUCCUCGGCUCGCCCCCGCCCCGCCGUCAAAAGGCGCCGUCCGGCACCCCGCCCACAGCCCCGAAACCCAAACGCCUUCUCCCGAGACCCGAUCUCGAUCCCGCACGCCUAUCGCCAGCGCCGUCCCUGCGCGUGUCGUUUCCUUCCUUCCUUCGAACACCCCUGCCAUGGCGCAGCAAGGGGCGGCGACGGCGCAGAAGAGGAAGUGCCCCUCCGACGAGGAGAGUACUGCCGCCGGCUUGUGCGCCAACGGCUGCGGCUUCUUCGGCGCCGCCGCAACCGCAAACAUGUGCUCCAAGUGCUACCGCGACCACGUCGCCGCCGACGGCACAACGCCGAGCGUCUACUUCGCCCCUGCUGCGGCUGCUUCGAGUUCGACGGCGACUCCGGAGAAGAAGGUCAAGAUCAGCGCCGCGGUCGACGCGUCCUCUGAUGCCCCCGCCGCGGUUGACCCGGCCUCCGUGAAGCCAGCGGCGGCGAACCGAUGCGCGACGUGCCGCAAGAAGGUGGGGAUUCUGGGGUUCCGGUGCCGAUGCGAGGGCACCUUCUGCAGCGUCCACCGCUACGCCGACAAGCACGCCUGCGGAUUCGACUACAAGACGGCCGCCCAGGAGCAGAUCGCGACGCAGAACCCAGUCGUGGUUGCCGACAAGAUGGUCACCAGGAUCUGAAGCCCCGGCUGGACAAGAUCACCAGAGACGGACAAACCCGGCCAGAUCAAACAGCCGGCCGGUUCGCUUACCCAAGGAUAGGAUAGGAUCGUAUCGAUGUUAAUUCGUUUGUACUAUUUUCGUCGUCGUCGAACUUGUGAUUGAUACAUUUGAAGAAUGAAUGAAUGUGUUGGAUUCGUUGAUCGAAAUUUU